AUGUCACUUCAUGGUCUUGUACGCCACUUACCCUCUCCCACUUCGGUGAGAGAGGUUCGUUCUUUCCUUGGACAUGCAGGAUUCUAUAGACGUUUUAUCAAAGAUUUCUCGAAGAUUUCAACACCCUUGUGCCGACUUCUACAAAAGGAUGUGCCGUUUGUGUUUGAUGACAAAUGUGAGAAGGCGUUCAAUCACCUCAAAGAAUUGUUAACUUCGGCACCUAUCAUUGGGCUGUUUUGGGACAACGGAAAGACAAGAAGCCACACGUCAUCUACUACGCAUCCCGAACCUUGA